AUGGUCAACUCCUGCUGUGGAUCCAUCUGCUCUGACCUGAGCUGCGGAAGAGGCUGCUGCCAAGAGACCUGCUGUCAGCCUGGCUGUUGCUUCUCAGACUGUUGCAGGGAGACCUGCUGUGAGCCCAGCUGCUGCAGCAGGCCUUGUUGCCCCCCAACGUGCUGCCAAACCACUUGCUGCAGAACCACCUGCUGCCGCCCAACGUGCUGUGCGACCAGCUGUUGUCGCCCAACCUGCUGCAGGCCCACUUGCUGCCGCCCAACAUGCUGCGUUUCCAGCUGCUGCAGGCCCUGCUGCCCCCAACCUUGCUGCGUAUCUACCUGCUGCAGACCCUGCUGCCCCCAACCAUGCUGUGUGUCUAGCUGUUGCAGGCCCUGCUGUCCCAGGCCCUGCUGUCCUAGGCCCUGCUGCCCCCGACCCUGCUGUGUGACUAGCUGCUGCCAACCCUGCUGUCGCCCAACAUGCUGCCAAACCACUUGCUGCCAGACAUCUUGCUGCCGUCCGACCUGCUGUGUUCCCAGCUGCUGCCAGCCUUGCUGCCGCCCGGCUUGCUGCCAAACCACUUGCUGCAGAACCACCUGCUGCCGCCCUACUUGCUGUGCAUCAUCUUGCUGCUGA